GGGGGUUGGAGCGGGACGCGUUGCCAUGGCGGAGGCUCGAGCCCAGGCCGCAGCGCCAGCGCCAGAUGCAUUAAACAGUGAUGGUUUUAAGAAGCCCUUGCUCCCUUUGGCUCCAUUGCAGAAGAAGGAGAAGACUAUCCACUCGAGCCCUUCAUCAUCCAGCACAGAAACAGCCGAAAGUGUUAAAUCUACUGGAGGGGAAGAGGCAGCGGCUGUAGAAGACUUUGCAGCACACGAGCAAGGAACCAGGUCCAAGUCUGAAGGAAAAUGCACAGAAGAUCAGACGCUCGUUGAAAGUCAGCCUCCCACAUUGCCAUUGACUAACCCCAGGUCCAUUCCCAGGUUACUGUCUGAUAAGUACAAGCCAUGUCCUCCGCUCCCCUAUGAGGAGCCGCCAUGGGGAGGUUUAGCAGAAGCCCCCUACAGCUUUGAAGUCCUCAAGAAUGGAGGCAUAGCCUCGGUGAUCAGUCUGAAUCGGAAGAGCUUUUACGUCGUUGGGAGGCUUCCUACCUGCGACAUCGCGCUCGAGCACCCCUCCAUUUCGCGCUACCACGCCGUGGUGCAGCACAGGCCAGCGGCCGAUGGGGAAAUUGGCGCCGGCUUCUACGUUUACGACCUGGGCAGCACGCACGGAACGGUGGUGAACAAAGAGAAAGUGGAGCCAAACAACUACCACCGGCUGAAAGUUGGCCAUGUUAUUAAGUUUGGAGGGAGCACCAGACUCCUGAUUUUACAGGGGCCAGAAGAGGACGCAGAGGCAGAAUCUGAAUUUACUGUGACCGAGCUGAAGCAAAUGAAUCGGCAGCACGAGCGCUUGGAGAAAAGGAUGCUCGGGGAAGACUCUGACGAGGACGAUAAUGCCAAGUCUGAGUCAGUAGAGCAGCCAAAGAAGCCUGUGGCCAAAGCUGUGUCUGGGUGCACAUGGGGAAUAGUGGAGGAUGCUGUGGAGGAUGAAAGUGAAGAGAACCCUUAUUCCAUUGAAUUUCAGGAAGACCAAGAAGCAUUUUACAUCAAAGACCCCAAGAAAGCACUUCAGGGCUUCUUUGACAGAGAAGGCGAGGAGCUGGAAUACGAGUAUGACGAACAAGGCUCGGGGAUUUGGGUCUGCAGAGUCAGGCUGCCAGUGAUUGACGCGCUAGGAAAAGAGCUUGUUGCAGAGGUGACGCACACUGGCAAGAAGAAAGAAGCCAUGGUUCAGUGUUCACUGGAGGCCUGCAAGAUCUUGGACGCCCGAGGCGUCCUGCGAAUGGAGGCAGUUUCCCGGAAGCGCAAGUCUAAAAACUGGGAGGCUGAGGAUUUCUAUGACAGCGAUGAAGAUACCUUCCUAGACCGGACGGGAGCCAUCGAAAAGAAACGAUUCAACAGAAUGAAGAAAGCUGGGAAAAUUGAGGAGAAAGCGGACACCUAUGACUCGCUGGUUGCCAAGUUAGCUGACUUGGAACGAAAGCUGCGUGACAUUGAAGAAAAUUUGAAGAUAUCUGGGGGCAAAGAUUCAUCACAGACCGUGGGGGAAGAUUCAUUGGAGGCCUUCAUGACUGAUAUCAAAAUGGGAGCAGCCAUGGAUAGCGUCACGCGUAAAAAGCUCCACCUAGAGUCUUUCGAGCUGAAAAAGGAGCAACAAAGAUUGCGGAAACUAAUAAAGAUUGUGACACCUGUGGAUCUACCAGAGCUCAAAAUAGAGAUUGCUGGACUUACUGGAGACCCGGGGGCCAAGCCGAGGAAAAUUACCGUGCCCAUGUUUGGGGCAAUGAAGGGAGGGAAGAAGUUCAAGCUGAAGACUGGCACAGUUGGGAAAUUGCCACCAAAACGCCCCGAGCCACACAGUAGUUUAUUCAACAUGAAGGAGAGCCAAGCAUUUGAGGAGGAAGAGGAAGAGGACGAGGAUGUGGCGGAGGAAGCAGCUUCAAAGAAGAACAAGUCUGGCGGCAGGUCUCAAGAACAAGAGUUGGAACACAAAUCAGACCCGUCUCAUUUCAGCGAUACAUCAAAAGGUCCCAGCCAGAGUGAUGACGGAGCUUUGACCCCUCCGUGUCCAGUAGAAGAGAAAGGUGAGGGAAGCACAGCUCAAUCGCUGAAGAAACAAGAGGACUACAAGGACCUUCCAUCUGAGGAUUUAUCACCAGUGAUUACACAGUCCAAGGAUGUGGAAAGUCAAAGAAAAUCUACGAAGAAGAAAAUAUACGGUCCGAAGAAACCACCUCAGCAACUCUUACCGGAGCACUACCCUAGCGACGAUCCUGACUACUGUGUGUGGAUGCCCCCUACAGGUCAGACAGGUGAUGGCAGGACACACCUGAAUGACAAAUACGGCUACUGAAGGCAUGAGGAAGACGCAUUGGCCUCGGCGAGGGUAGAUGUGGCAGAGGAUGCGGCUAUGCCACCAUCAUAACGGUUGGACUUGGGGCAAGGUGGCUCCCCCAGCACCAUACCAAAGAUAAGAGUGCUACAGCUUGCGUUCCUGCACCCAGUCACGGGCUCCUGCUGUACGCAAAAUGUCCACCGAUUAAAUACCACUGUUUCCACUUCGGGGGCAGAAGGGGUAAAUCACCGUAAUUGCCUCCUAGACUCUCAUAGCCAAGACCUGACACAAUGGGGAACAAGCACAUGGCAGCGUUUCCUGCUGCUGUUGUUGACCUCCUGGCCAGGGCAACCGCAUCCAACCCACCAUCAUCUCUGCAUACAACAUGGAGGCACACACCCCCUCCCCUCCCCUUAAAUCCAGCAAGAGGUAAAACAGGAACCUUACGCUUGAUGCAGAAGGUGACUCUCCAUUUUACUCCCUGCCCGCUCAUGCAGUAGACAGAGACUCACAAACAUUUCCAGCAGCUAUAAAAUGGAGAAACAAAGAACUGCAGAUGCUGACCAGGGCGCAAAAGGACGCAAAGUUCUGGAGUAGCUCAGCUUUGGGUGGCACGGUGGCACAGUGGGAGAAUUGGUGCCUCACAGCACCAGAGACCCGGGUUCCAUCCUGACCACGGGUGCUGUCUGUACGGACUUUGUACAUUUUCACCAGGGCUUCGGUUACCUCCCACACUCCAAAGACGUACAGGUUUGUAGGUUAAUUGGCUCCAGUGAAGAUUGUAAAACGUCCCUAGUGUGUGUAGCGUAAUGUUAGCGUAUGGGGUGAUCGCUGGUCGGCGCGGACAAUAUGGGCCGAAGGGCCUGUUUCCGCUCUGUAUCUCUAAACUAAACUACAAAAAGGUCAGGAACGGUGACGUUUCUGAUCCAGACUUUUCUGCAGAUCUGAAGAAGGGUCCUGACCCAAAACGCCACCUAUCCAUGUUCUCCAGAGAUGCCGCCUGACCCACUGAGUUACUCCAGCACUAUGUGUCCUUCUUUGCAGCAACUGUAGACCUGACAAAGCUAACGGGUGAAAGAGCCUGACUCGGCAUUCUCACUGCACUCUCCAUUGAUGCAGUGGAAGUUUGGGAUAAGGUACCUGCAGCAAAUAACCUUGACCCCACAGUGUGUUUGCAUCUAGAACUCGCACGCGCGCCAUAUUCUUCCAACCAUCCUGUUGCUUCCUGCAGUAGUUGUCCGUGUUUUAUUUCUGUAAUAGAAACUUGUGGGUACAAUAUUAGAAUAACAUUCUCACCAGUUUGGAAU